AUGCCCAACAAUAUGAAGACUCGAAUUACAGGUGCUCUCUUCCUUGGAGCCAUUUUCGCCAUUGUUGGACUUAGAGCCAUUAAUGGCUCUCAAGCAAGAAUUUUACCAGAUAGCUUUCGACUCAAAGUAGCAAUAAUAGCUGCUUAUGGAAGGAGUUACAGCCCACCACCUCCAUCUCCGAUCCCUUCACCAAGUUCCAAGGAACUUAACAGCAAUUACGAGAAGUAUUCGUCUCCGCCACCACAAUCUCCAAAAAUCGAUCCACCAAUCGGUCAAGUAACCAUUAGUAAUGGACGGACCACGCCAUCACCUCCACCCCCGAAGCCUGCUUCACCAAAAGGCGAGCUUGAGAUUGGUUCUCCAUGCACUGAUGGGACUCCAUGCAACGAUGGCCACAUUUCGAUGAUAACAAAUUUUGAAAGGCCUUUACCAAGUUCAAAUCCACCUCCAGACCCAGCGACUCCUAUAAUUCAAAUAACCUUUGAUCCUGAGCUGAAAGUGCGUGCAAGAUCACCACUAGGACCUGAGGGGAUUUUGAAGGAGCUCUUUUCCUCUGGCAGAAUCAAAGAUGCCUUUGCUCUCUGUCAAUGGGGAAAUAAUAUCUCUGCAGAAACAAAGUCUAAGGUUAUAAUAUCCACUAAAUUCAUCAUUGCAAAUUCACUUCAUUUGCAAAUCUUCUUGUGUUUUUCAGAACGAGGUGAAGAACGAGUGGACUACAUUCCUGGAAUUCCUCCAACGCGUUUAGUUGAUUUUCCAAAUAUAUUUCAUGGAAAUGGUCCACAAAUCUUGCCCCGAUCUCUAAAGGCUGUUUCACUGGUGUCGAAAGCUCAGUAUCUUCUAUUCACUUCUUUCUACGAUCUUGAAGCCCAAGUAAUCAGCGCUUUAAAACCCAAGUUUCCUUUUCCUGUAUACCCUAUUGGCCCUAGCAUACCCUAUUUCAAAAUCAAAGACACCUCUUCAGUUAUUGGCAGUCAUCACGAUGUGCCGGGCUACAUUGAAUGGCUAAAUUCCCAACCUGAAGGCUCCGUGCUAUUCGUUUCAAUGGGAAGUUUCCUUUCAGUAUCAAGUUCCCGAAUGGAUGAAAUUGUUGCCGGGGUUCAUGAUAGCGGUGUUCGAUUCUUGUGGGUGUCCCGAGGGGAAACAACUCCUUUCAAAGAUGGUGAUGGUAAUAUGGGGCUAGUUGUGCCAUGGUGCGACCAAUUAAGGGUGUUGUGCCAUUCUGCUGUUGGAGGUUUUUGGACACAUUGUGGGUGGAAUUCCUCUCUUGAAGCUGUUUUUGCUGGAGUUCCAAUGCUUGCUUCUCCUAUAUUUUGGGAUCAAAUUACAAACAGAAAAUUAAUUGUCGAAGACUGGCAGAUAGGAUGGAGAGUGAAGGGGGAGGUGGGAAGUGAAAUUUUGGUGACACGAGAAGAAAUUUCAAAGCUCGUGAAAAGUUUUAUGGAUGCAGAGAACAUUGAGGUGAAAGCAAUGCGGAAGAGAGCUAAAGAACUUCAAGAGACUUGUCGUGGAGCUAUUGCGAAGGGGGGAUCAUCUGACGCUAAUCUUGAAUCUUUCAUAAGGGAUAUUUCACAAGGCCAGGCCAAGUGAGCUGGUUGAUUAUGAAUUAAAGUAGUCUUCAAUCUUCAUCCUUGAAUAAUGCAUUAAUUUUCUAGCUAAUUUAAGACCUACGACCAUGCAUUUUUGGAAAUGAAUGUGAAAUGCAUUUUUGAAAAUGGAUGUGAAUUUGUAGCUUUCUUAACGAAAUUUGCAUAAUAACAGAGUAUUUGAGUAGACUCUACUACUUAUUUUA